UACCGGUUUAUCUACUGUGCAUCUACAUACUCAAUAUAUUUCUCAGGGUACUACAUGCAACGCCAGGGAGAUACACCAGAAAAAGAGGGAGAGAGAGUGUGUGUGAGUGGAUGUAUGUGACUAUGAGUGUUGCCACCACAUAGACCACGUGAGUGGAGAUGGGCAAAAACAGUCUUCUUAAUAUUCACAACUAUCAAAAAUGGCUUGCAUCACAUGAAGGCCCGGGCCCAUGAUCCCGAUGCCAAUCACUGGCCGGCUGAACCAUCCAUUCGACAAACCUCAGAGGCUUACACGCAAAAGUGCGGAGGAGCCCACGAGAUCCCCGUCCUUAGCAUGGCCUGGUAUCGAAUCAGUCUUCCCUUCAAUGCUCCCAUUGUGGAUUUGCUCAGGACACAUCGACCCCGUUCCGUGCGUCAGUUGUGACGCAGUCGUACAGAUUCAGAUAUAUACAAAAAAAGGGAUACUUCGAGUCUACUAUCUACAUCGUGCUAUAUCGACUAUCCCGGUCACUAUGCAGGGUGCAGGCGAUGGAAUGCUGGGGCAAAGGGGAGAGGCCAAACCAUUAGUUACGGAGGACUAAGUUGCCACUGUCAGACAGAGGCUCCUGGAAUAAACCUGCAGAAAAAGGAUAUUCCAUGUUCCGGACGUUUUAUUUGAUCUCAGACCGGGAAAAACGGCUGAAGGCAUCGGCAUUGCUUUU